CCGGCCCGGCCAUGGCUCACUCGGCGCCACUCGGCCUCCUGGAGCAGGGCUGCCCCAUCCAGGUGGAACACGAUCGGAAGCGGCGGCAGUUCACCGUGCGGCUGAACGGUUGCCACGACCGAGCAGUGCUGCUCUAUGAAUAUGUGGGGAAGCGCAUUGUGGACCUGCAGCACACCGAGGUGCCGGAUGCCUAUCGGGGAAGAGGGAUAGCCAAGCAUCUUGCAAAGGCAGCCCUAGACUUUGUGGUGGAGGAGGACCUGAAAGCUCACCUGACUUGCUGGUACAUUCAGAAAUACGUCAAGGAGAACCCACUGCCGCAGUACCUGGAACACUUGCAGCCUUAAGACAGCACUGCUCUGACACCAGCGCUCCUGUUCAACGCGGCCUUUGCUUCUCUGCGGUCUCAGGAAACCCCCUCCCACACUCACAAUUCCCUUUUUUC